AUGCUUCUAGAGUUCGAGAAAGUGUACCCAGUUUUUUCAUGGUCCUGGGAUAUUCCCGGCGAUGAGAAUGCGGUAAAAGAGAAUGGAGAUGAGGAUCUCUGUGGAAUUUGCCGGGUGAGCUACAACGGAACAUGUCCAAGUUGCAAAUAUCCAGGCGACGAUUGCCCUUUAGUCAUAGGUGAAUGUAAUCACAACUUCCAUGUCCACUGUAUUCAACAAUGGCUCGACACGCCAACAGCUAAGGGCCUGUGCCCCAUGUGCCGCCAGCCAUUUUCUUUGAAACGGAACGUGGCGAUUAACGAGUUUCAAAUGGGACGACUGGCUAAGGUUCUGAUCAAUUCGCAGCCGGCCACGCUGAACGAUGAUCAAGAUAUGAUGAUGGAACCGGAGUUCGUGGUGCGGUAG